CGGAACUGUCCUCCUUUUAAUGUUCACUUCCUAGCUUCAUCCAUCGAUCCCCUUUAAUUCCACACCCUGCCCGGCCGCAAUAUUCAAUUUCUUCACUACUCUUUUAGUGGGCAUGGAAGAAUUCCCGGAACUCUCUCUCGGUCUCGGUGCCGCCGCUAAUAAUGAUGGCGGCGGCGCUGGUUCCGACCGAGAAAUGAUUCGACUCCCGAUGAAGAGGAAGAUUCGUCAAUUCUUCGGUGGCGGCGGCGGCGCGGGAAGUAGUAGUAGUAGUGUUGAUCUCCACCAGCCUGCGUGGAAGGAGCCCCUCCCGCUUGAUUGGGAGCAAUGCCUUGACCUUCAAUCAGGGAGAAUGUACUAUGUGAACAGAAAAACAAUGAGGAAGACAUGGGAGUGGCCGCAAAAGCAGCAGCAGAAGCUCCUCCGCCCUCCUCUCGAUCUCGAUCUCAACAUCUCCACCGGCACCCGCCAUUUCCGUACAAAACAGAAUCAUUCGUCCCCGACACCGCCGGGGAACACCGCCGCCAACGGAGGAGGAGAUAGCAUGAUUGCACUGCCGUGCUCAAAUUGCCACCUGCUGGUCAUAGUUUCUCAGGCAUCCCCUUCUUGCCCUAACUGCAAGUUCCUCCAGUACUCUAUUGCCGCCGGUAACCAGUCUCCGGCGGCUAAGCCGUUACACUCCGGCGGAUUAAGCCUCUUCCUCUGAUAAUUAAUUAUGUUCAAGGCCAUAUAGGCACAUAUAUAUAAAUAUAUACAUAUAUAUACUUAAUUAUGAUAAAUACGCCAUGCAUGUACGUAGUAUAUAUCUUUAAUUUAGUGUUUAAUUAUUUUGUUUCCAUUAAAUUAGUUUAAGGUAGCUAAGCUAGCUAGCUUGCCACUGGCUAGGGCUACAAUGUAGCCAAUUCCAAGUAGAUCGACCUCUAUAAUGUUGUUCAGUCAUAUCAGCUCAAUGCAUCAUUUUAUUUAUUAUUGUUAUUAU